CUCCGUCAUUUCCGACUCCGUCCGACUGUGAGCACCAAUUUUAGCAGUCUGCCUAUUUUGACUGAGAGGGAGGGCACGAAAUUUGACGCUAUCAUGACUUAGACCGCCGGUAAGUCAGUCUUCCUUCCUCCGGCCACAAUAGUGCCACAGUUGGGGCAUUCGCUUUGGUGAUGGGCCAGCGCGCCAAGUGAGUACAGGAGACAUAGCCAUGCCGCGCAAGAAGCGAGGUGGCUGCUGUAGCUGCCUGGGAGGGAAUGAUGAAGCGCCAGAGAUCACCUAUGCGCUGGACAACGGCAUCGCGCUCCACCCUGUGGAGAUGGCCAUCCCACCCAUGCCGCCCACGGAGGAGCUCAAUGCCAAGUUCAACGAGCUUGUGGAUGAACUUGACCUGACAGCCCCGUACCGACAGAACAUGCUCAAUCUACCGCCUGAGAAGAAAUGGCAACUGUACUGCAGCAAGAAAAGGGAACAAGAUGACCCAACGUCCACCAGUUGGCCUGACUACUAUAUUGACCGGCUCAAUGCCAUGGCAAAGCUUGUGUUUGCCCAUGAUGAAGAGGAGGUGACAGUACGAGCCAACCUGGCCGACAGCCUCAAGACAGCUCUCAGGACACAGCCAAUGAGGUUUGUGCACAGGUUUAUAGAGCUGGACGGGUUGUCGUGCCUGCUGAAUUUCCUACAGAGUAUGGACUAUGAGACGUCAGAGAGCCGAAUCCACACCUCCAUCAUUGGCUGCAUCAAGGCCCUCAUGAACAACUCACAUGGCAGGUCCCAUGUGCUUGGCCACCACAGCAGCAUUAACAUCAUCGCACAGAGCCUGAGCUGUGAGAACAUCAAGACAAAGAUUGCAGUUUUGGAGAUCCUGGGAGCCGUGUGCCUGGUGGAGGGGGGGCACAAGAAGGUGCUGGAGGCCAUGCUGCACUACCAGAACUACUCCGCUGAGAGGACAAGGUUUCAGUCGCUGAUCCACGACCUGGACCGCAGUACGGGUGUGUACCGGGAGGAGGUCAACCUGAAAACAGCCAUCAUGUCCUUCAUUAACGCCAUGCUCAGAUAUGGUGCUGGUGAGGAGAGCCUGGAAUUCAGGGUCCACUUGCGCUACGAGUUUCUGAUGCUGGGCAUCCAACCCAUCAUAGACAAGCUACGGACUCAUGAAAAUGCAAUCUUAGAUAGGCAUAUAGACUUCUUUGAACUGAUCAGAACUGAGGAUGAACAGGAACUUGCAAAGAGAUUUGAUGUGGUCCAUGUGGACUCGCGCAGUGCCGGCAGCAUGUUUGACCUGCUGAAGAAGAAGCUGAACCACACGGCGGCGUACCCCCACUUCCUGUCCCUCCUACAACAUCUACUCCUCCUGCCAUUGGACAGGCAUGGCAGUCCAGAGUACUGGGAGCUGGUGGACCGCAUCCUGCAACAGAUCGUUGUUCAGGAGAAUGGCAUGGACCCCGACGUGGCACCACUCAAGAACAUCAAUGUUAGCAAACUGGUGGAGAUGAUCGUGAAUGAGAAUGAGAUCAAGCAGUGGAAGGCGCAGGCACAGACGAUGCAGCAGGAGAGGGAGGAGCUGACAUCUCAGCUGGAGAAGAAGGAGAGGGAGUGUGAGGCCAAGAUACAGGAGAAGGAGGAGAUGAUGAGCACCCUGAACAAGAUGAAGGACAAGCUGGCGUCGGUGCAGGAGGAGCUAGCCCAAGAGAGGGCAAAGGUCACUGAGCUCUCAGGGAAACUCAAUGAGCUGCGGGCAACAGCAGAGAAGGAGAGGGGAGAGAAGGAACGGUUGAUUGGCCUGGUCCAUGGAGGAAGUGUACCAGAUGAUACCAAAGCUACUGUGGGGCCGGCACCCCCACCCCCUCCCCCUCCUAUGGGUGUGCCACCCCCUCCACCUCCAGGGGGCAUCGGACCACCACCUCCCCCACCCCCGCCUGGCAUGGGGCCUCCUCCACCCCCAGGUGCUCCCCCACCCCCACCAGGUGCUCCCCCACUCCCAGGGGCAGCCGUGCCUCGCCGCAAGCCAGCCCCCAAACCUUCACAAGCCCUCAAAUCCUUCAACUGGGUCAAGCUACCAGAAAUGAAACUGGUUGGUACAGUUUGGACAGAACUGGAUGACUCUCAGGUUCACAAAGUGAUGGACCUAGCAGAGUUUGACAAGACCUUCUCUGCCUACCAGAAACCACAGCAGAGAGGAGGUCUGGCAGAGGACCCUCGGAGGCAUGGAAUGAAAGAGGAGGAUGUGGAGGACCUGACAAUCAAGGCCCGAGUGAAGGAGCUGUCUGUGAUCGAGGGUCGUCGUGCCCAGAACUGCACCAUCCUGCUGUCCAAGCUGAAGAUGACUAACGAGGAGAUCGCCAAGGCCGUGCUGUCCGUGGACAAGGCUGAUGAGCUGCCCAAGGACAUGGUGGAGCAGCUUCUGAAGUUCGUCCCCACCAAGGAGGAGACAGACCUGCUGGAGGAACACAAACACGAGAUCGACCAGAUGGCACGGGCAGACAGCUUCCUGUACGAGAUGAGCAAGAUUGUACACUAUGAACAGAGACUGAAGGCCUUAUUCUUCAAGAAGAAAUUCCAGGAGAGAGUUGGAGAAGUCAAGCCAAGAAUAGAAGCAUUACUUGUGGCAUCUAAGGAAGUUGUGAGAAGUAAGCGGCUGAAGCGGGUUCUUGAGGUGGUUCUGGCCUUUGGGAACUACAUGAACCGGGGCCAGCGAGGAAACGCCAUGGGCUUCAAACUCUCCAGCCUCAAUAAGAUCGUGGACACCAAGUCCAGCAUUGACAGGAACAUCACCCUGCUGCACUACAUGCUGGAGGUCAUCGAGAGGAAGUUUCCAGACGUGCUGAAACUGGAGAACGACAUCAGCAACUGCAAGGAGGCGUGCAAAGUCAGUAUCCCUGACCUUGAGCAGGACAUGGGAGUGUUGCGUGCAGGGCUGAAGGAGUUAGAAAAGGAAAUCGGGGUGCAGCGUCGCCGUGUCAGCAGGAAGGACAAACUUGAGCUGGAGUUCCACAAGAACCGCGUGACAGACCGAGGAGACAAGUUUGUCUCCGUCAUGGGGGACUUCAUCACUGUGGCAACCUUCACCUUCAACGAGCUGGAGGACACUUACAAGGAGGCCAAGGCCAAGUACGACCGAGCCGUGAAGCACUUCGGGGAGCAGCAAGGCCAGAUACAGCCAGACGAGUUCUUCCGCAUCUUCAACUCUUUCCUCACCUCGUACGGGGAGGCUCGGGAGGACAAUGAGAACAUGAGGAAGAAAAGGCUGGAGGAGGAGAGGAGGGCCAAGAGGGAGCAGGAGCUACGAGAGCAGAAGGAGAAGGAGAAACAGCGGAAGCUGAAAGAACAGGGCGGGAAGAAAGGCAAGGGCAAGGAUGGGAACAAGGACGGGCGCGACACUGGCGAGUUUGACGAGCUUAUCGUGGCCUUACGGUCUGGAGACGUCUUUGACAAGGAAGUGGCGAAGUUGAAGCGGAACCGGCGCCGCCCGGGUGGUAGUCAACAAAACGGGAACGGGAAGGACGACUCGAAACGCGACUUCAGCAGGGAGCGGGUGUCCAGCAAACCAGCCAUAUCCAAAUACACUGCAAUGUAGGGGUGGGGGCAACGACCCUUCUUAGAGACUGCCUUGCCCUAGUCCUGGUCUCCAAGCCUUCUGUCCUUCCAGUGAAAAUCUUUGAGAAAAAGAGAGAAAACUUGACAGGGAGCCAGGACAAUACUGCUGGCAAGCUUGAUGAGGACUGAACUGGUGAUUUUUCAAUGUUGGAAAAAGGAGGAGAAAUAUAUUGCAAUUUUUUAAUUGCACAUUUUGUACAUGUAUAUUAAAUGUUGGGAAACAAAUGUGAAAACUAACUAAUGCUUUACACUUGCAACAUGUGAUGCGUGACUAUGGGAUAUUUCUGCAUUCUCUUGAUCUGCAGUAUACAUUCUACUGUAAUUUAUUUCACCAAUAAUGAUGAAAUUAGCUUUAUUAGCAGCCUUUGCUGUUAGGUUUGCUUGAAAUGUUUUAGUUUUGCUUGUUGUGCUGAUGUUUUACUUUCUGCAAAGUAACACAGGUGGAAAUUUUAGCUCUGUAGUUUGUGUCUCUGUGUGAAAAAUGUGGAUAGAUGUGAGUGAAGAACAUGGCAGUUCUUCCUGUGUGAAUAGACUUGCAAUGCAGGAUGAUUCUGAGGACAGUUAUGUAGCCCCACAAACCAGUGAAAGCUCUUCUAAGUUCAAGUUCGUUGAUGUUUACUGCAAAUUUGUUUGAGUUCCUGUUACAUGUAUUUCUGUCUGGAAGCCACUGUGCUUACAUGAGAAGAAUUCUGUAUUUGGCGAAUGAUAAUUAAUGAUAAUGUUAUGAAUUGUUGAAGUCCAAGACUUCGCUGUUAGUGUUAGGUUGAGUUGACUGUGUACAUAAAUAGGAAAAUGGAAACUCUGAGAAUGUUGUGUUGAAUGUUUUCCCGACAAGCCUUCCAUGCUUCAGACCCAGAGAUAACUUCUCUCUCAGGUGUUACUGCCAGAAAUUGCUCACGUUACACUAUGAUCCUUUGUUGAGCAUCAUGGGUGUGUGUUGUCAGUCAGCGCAAUGCUCUACCAAACAGCACAAACUGCAAUACCAGUCUCAACAUGUUUUACUAGUAUGUGCGAUCGGGUUGCACCAAAACCUAUAUCUGUAUCCAACCCAGAUCAAAGGCCUGUUUAUGCUGUUCUGAUUUUCACUUCAUGUUGAUCACUUGUGCAACAGAUUUCUGUGCUGUUUUCCAGGUGCCUUUCAACCCCCAGAUGCAGAAGCUAGUCCCACAUUGAUUUUGUUGUUGCACACAGUCUAAUAAAAAGUGUAGGUGUGUUCUCAGGCCUAUGGUAGAGCAUUGCUCCGCAUGUUUAGACUUGUAACCAUGCAGUGGUUGUUACUGUGUACUGUACAUCCGGCUCAUUGGCUAUCUACACAAUCUAGCACAGUAGUCGUCCUCUCUGCUACAAUCAUGGUAACUUAACAAAUUUGUCUCUAUUUUGGUAAUUCUACAUCUUUUAUCAAUAUGUCUUAUUUAUGAUUACAAAAAAUUGUAUAGCCUAAUUCUUCAAUUGUACAUUGAAUUUGAAUUGAUAGCAAAAAUGAAUGUCAUGAAGACUUUUUGUGUGUAGGAUGUUGUAGUUUUCAGAUUAUGUGGAAUUGUUUAGGAUCCCUGCAGAAGGGUUAGAAGCAUCUGUCAGUCACAUGUACCCGGCCUGUUGAGGUUGUCAGUUACAUGUAGCCAUACAUGUACCCAGCCUGUAGAGGUGGUCAGUUGCAUGUAGCCUUUCAUGUAUCCGGCCUGUAGAAGUUGUCAGUCGCAUGUAGCCAUACAUGUACCUGCCCUGUAAAGGUGGUCAGUUGCAUGUUCCUGGCCUGUUAUAGAUUCAGGCACAUGCACGUAUACACAAGAUACCACAUCCUGAAAUGUGGUGCAGCCAAUUAAAAGACUUGGUUUGUGCUCAUCUGUUCUCUUCAUUUUGUUCUGAACAUUCACAGCACCAUGUUUCCUCUUUAACCAUCUUCCUGCUGCCUAACCCUAAACUUGGUGCCAAAUGGCUACCUUAGUAGGCUGAAGGUAGGAAUGCCUGCUAGUAAAGAUGAGACA